AUGACCGUUUCAACUCCUUCCAAACCUCAUAUCUGUCGAUUCCCUCCGGGUGCGGACCCGGAUGUCAUUAAUCAGGCUUUUCGAGAGGAUGGAGUCGUUAUUCUCGAGGGCUUCCUGACUCCCGCGCAAGUUGACAAGGUCAAUUGCGAAAUGAAGCCUCACCUGGCGAAGGUCCGAGGGGGAAAUAUGCGUUAUGGCCCCAUGGACACCUCUUUAGAAACAACACUCGAGCCUGAGCGAAGGCGUAUACACAAUCUUGCCGGACUGAGCGAGACCUUCCGCCAGGAUAUCCUAAACCAUCCCCUGAUGCAUGAACUGUCUCGCAGGGUCUUCUCUGAAUUUGGAGAUUACUGGCAAUACGCGGGCAGCGUGAUUGAUUGUGCCCCUGGCACUCCCGACCAGUUCCUGCACCGCGACCAGCCAGCACAGAAAUUGUUCAAUGUCGGUCCAGAUGCCCCGGAAGGCUUCAUCAAUUUCCUCACAGCCUUGACCGAUUUCACCAAGACGAAUGGGGCAACCCGAUUUGUGUGGGGUAGUCACAGAGAUUGGAUUGACAAGUCAGACGAGAAUCAUCCCAUCGUGGUUGCGGAAGUAAAAGCCGGGGACUCGCUCUUCUUCAGCGGGAAAAUCGUGCACGGUGGCAGUUUCAAUGGCACGAACGAUACCUACCGCUCCUCGGUGGCGUUGCCGAUUGUGCCUUGUAUCAUGACUCCGUAUGAGGCUAAUAUCCACAUUCCACGAUCGACUGUUGAGACGAUGACUCCCCUCGCGCAAAGAAUGAUCGGCUGGAGAUCUGCAUGCCUACCUGAUCCCUACGCAAUUGGGACCUGGACGUUGAAUAUGAACGAACUCGGUGAGCAGAUGGGCUUGAAAUCGAAAGGAUAUUUGGAGAAUUAG